CUCUGUCCCGCACACAUGGUCAGCGUUCAACUAGUCACAAUUUCACGGCAUUUUCUCAUCAUCUCCCUCACCACUGCAUCACAGGGACCGAAACUCGUCCACUUCUCACCACAUUAUACGAGCAGAUAACUCGCCUAUACGAACCAGAAGAUUGCAAAUGUCUUCCUUAUCUCAGCAUGCAUGGUGCACGCACUCGCGGCGGCAAACAAAUCCAAAUCGUUCUUUUUGAUAUUCCAAAGAAGGAAGGGCUGACAGUGCCUGUCCCUGUCCCCGAACCGGUGACCGAAGUCAGCCUUUCCGAAUGCACAGUGAGCGACCAAAAAAGGGGAUCCAUUCACGCUUGCUUCCCUCCUUCUCGAAGCCCGUCCGUCCAGGGAUUACAUGCAGUGAGAAUACCACAACAAGCACGCAGAGCCCGAACCGGAACCUGGCAGAGCAGAGCAAUCAGAACAACGCAUCGGACGUGA